AUGGCCGACCCAAUUCUGGCUGAAAGAAAGAGACGUCGCCAGCAACUCAGCGAUAUGUACGAAGCAGUCAAAACACUCGGUCCGCGACUCUCCUUGGCGCAACUGGUGGAAGUCAACAUCCAGCGCGAGGAAAUGAGCGACCGAAUGACCCUGCUUGACAGUACCGGACCGCAAUUCUUCACCCCCUACAAAGGUCCAGUAUCAGCCCCGGAAAUCUACACUCUUCAAGACUACGUGGCGUUGGACGAGGACGCCUACCACAAUGCACGCGAGCUGGCUUGGUUCCUGCGACAGUAUUUCCUGCAGUGUCAAGGCGCACUCCAUUACACCACCAGUCCGCCCGGCGUCUCGUACUCCGACCUGGGCGAUUUUGGCUCCGGCGACCUGGCCGAGUACACCUUUGGCUCUGCCUGGGAAGUCACUGCUGCAUGGCAUGCAUUACACAGCGGGGCACCGCAUUCGGUGCUCCUCAUGCGCUGCGAAAUGCCCGACGGCGACGCUCUUUUCCAUGGGGAAAUCAAGACCGCGAUCCGCGUGAUGCACGGGCAGCUGAGGAGAUCGUCGACUCGGCCCCAUCUUGUUGCCCCGGUCUUGCUGUUUUCAGCGAUCGGGCAGCAUCAUGUUCGGAUUAUCGAAGCCUAUCACGACGGCAAGAAACUCAUCGUGCGCACAACUCCGCUCAUCGACAUGCGUAAGCGAGACGAGGAGCGACUGAUCGGACUAACAAGAUGGUGUUUGGGCGGUCCAAGUUCAAAGUCAACAACCUAA